CAAACAGGCAAUUGAGAGGGCGCUUUCGACGCGACUUCUAGACUCAUCAAAGUUUCUGUGUUUGGUUCCGCACAACAGCCGGCAACCGGCAUCUUCUCGCUCCGAUCCCGUCGCUCUUUCGGUGCUUUGACUCAUCAAGUUAGCUUAGGAUGGCCGGCGGCUGGCCAGGAGGGCCGGUCCAGGUUGACAGCGAGCCGCGAGACCCCCAGCAUGCGGCCAUGAAGCCGACCCCAGAGCGCGGCACGCACGUGCACGGCUCGUCUGCAUUCCUACAAGCUCUCGGUGAUGCGCCUCACGCGGAGACGGCCUGGCGGCCUCCGCCGGCCAGCGGUCCUGGUCCCGGUCCUGCGCAGGCUUCCGGCGCGGCACUGUACGCGGCGCACCACGUCGCACCGUCCUGCCCCGACCUUGCCGGCGCGCCUCAGGCGCUGCAGUACUACAACCCUUACCACUCCGCCUCCACGCCCAUGCUGCACCCUGGGCAGCACCCUCACCACGCGGCGCCCCCGGCGCCGUACACGCUGGCGUACACGCAGUACGAGCAGCACCACCACGGCGACCAGCUGUACCAGUACCAGGCGCAGGGCGGGAUGCAGUACGCGUGGCAGGGGUACCACGCGCAUGGCAGUGACUUCAUGGCGAAGGGCGGCUCGGGCGACGGUGGCGGCCGUAGCGUCGGGACCAGCAGCAAUGGGUCGGGCAUGGUGAGCGCGGCCACGGGCAACACGCCCACAGCCGGCGCCAGACCUGGAGCCGGAGCGGGGCCAGCGGGGGCGGGCAGCGCGGCUGCAGGGACACCUUUCAGCUCGGCGCGGCCUCACCUUCCGCCUCACGCCCCCAUAGCGGCGGCGGCUGGCGGCGCCGUGCGGCCCUCGCCGCCGCCUCAGCCGGGGCCAGGGGCUGGCGGGGCGACGCACCCGCAGCAGCCCUUCAAUGGGUCGGGCGCGGACACGGAAAUGUAUGACCCGCUGUCACACGCGAUGGAUGAGGACUGUGGUCAGGCGGAGGUGUCAGCAGCUGCCGCCACGUCGCCCGCACCAGCAGCGUCCUCUGCACCAGCAGCAGCACCAGGGGCCCGGCACGAGCAGCAGCAACCACAGCAACAACAACUACAGCCGCCGGAAGUGGACCUGAUCGUAGUCUGGGACCUGGAUGAAACACUCAUCGUCUUCAAUUCCCUCAUCAGCGGCGCAUUCGCUCGCGCCGCCGCGCUCGUUGCCUCCACGUCCGCACGCGCCGCGGCGUCUGCCACUGCCGCCGCCGGUGGGGGUAGCCCGGGCGGGGCCGCGGGCGGUCAGAAUCUCGCGGCGGUGGCAGAGGCGGCUGCGCUGCCGCGUCAGGCGGCUGCGCUCGGCCAGAAGCUGGCCGACCUUGUGUUUGAGUUCUGCGACGAGCACAUGGGUUUUAAAACGCUGGACCAGCUGGACCCGCAGUCCUUCGCGGAGCUGUGGGCGCUCGCCGCCGCCUCCGAGGCAGACGCCCAGGCCGUGGCCGACACCGCUGCGGAGGACGCCGCAGCCGCCAGCGGCGACGUGGCCGCAGCGGCGGCGGCCGCGGCAGCGGCGGCGGCCGCCGCCGCCCUCGCCGCCGCCGGCCCCGUCAGCCGCGCGACACUGGAGCGCAUUGCCGCGGCGUACGGCGGCGGCACCGCAGGGCUGCCGGCGCUGCUCGGCGCGGAGAAGGCGCGCGUGUUGACGGCGGCCCUGGCGGAGGUGGAGGAGCUCACUGGCGGCUGGGUGGCGGCGGCGCGGCAGCUGCUCACCGGUCUGAACGCGGUGGUGGAAGCUCAGGCGGCGCGGCGCGCCGCCGCGGUCGCGGCCGGCGAGGACGAGGCGGUGGCUGCGGGGCCGUGGCUGGGCAUCACGGCGCCGCCACCGGCGCUGUCGUACAGGCGUGUACGGCACGUGCUGGUGUCCGCGGGGCACCUGGUGGCCACGCUGGGAAAGCUGCUGAUGUGGGGCCUGGACGAGCACUUCGACAUCCGGGACGUGUACAGCGCGAGCGGCCGCUCUAAGCUGGACGCCUUCCGCCAGCUCCGAGCCGCUCUGGGGGCGCACAAUGCCUUUGCGGCCGUGGGCGAUGGCGCGGAGGAGGAGCGCGCGGCCGGCGUCAUGGGCUGGGGCUUCGUGCGCGUCGGCCUCACACACUCGUCGGCCGCGCGGCAGCACCACGGCCACGGCCACGACCGCCACGCCGCCACGGACGGCAACGGGCAGGGCGAAGGGGCCUCCUCCGCCUCCGCCGCUUCCGCCCCUGGCGCUGCUACCGCUUCGCCGGCGGGAGCAGCCGGGAUGACUGGCGGCGCCGCUGUGCCCAACAGCCAGUUCGGCUACCGGAGCGUGAGCCCCUUGGCGCGGUCGGAGUCAACGGCGCCGCCGCAGCCCUGGCAGCUGCCGCGGCCGCUGGCGGCCAUCUCGCCACAGGAGGUGCUGUGCGCGGCACGGGAGGCGUACUGGUACUUCUAAGCCGUGUUGGCACUUAAGGCCCAGAUGCUAGUGCGGGUGUGGGGGGGGCGGGGCAAAAGCAUGGGCUCGGGUGGGCGCGGUGAGGGCGGGCGCGGCAGGGAUGGUGUGUAGGAUUGGAAAUGAACUGGGCAGGACGCGCGAGCUGACAGAGGGGUAUCCUAGACUGAUAGCACCGCCAGACAGCAAACAGGUAUGGUGCUGGUUUGUUCGUGUGCGUAGCGUGCAUUGCUAGGCUACGCACAUGCUGCGGUGGUGCUUAGACACGGCAGAUCGACAAGGAAGAUGCAAGUGCUUCUGCAUUUGUCCAGAACGAGCUAUCUCCACGUCUUUGCUUUGCUCAUAAGAUAACAUCCGUGCUGCUUUGGUACGUGUGUACCCCAACGGGCGCGGGUGUGGGCGCACGCGAGUUUUAGGCGGGCGCGGCUUGCUCUUGACCUUUCUUUGCAAGGCAUCUGCACCCAGUUUUGCGGGAAUGUUUGUAAGUGUGGGCAAAAGCGGCUGUUGCGCCACCGCUCGUUUCUGCAAUUAGUGUCGAUUUAAUGGCAAAGAGGGGGCAUUGUAUAUUUUCCAAUGUGAGGUUCGGCGUGGCCGCCGGUGGGGGUGGGACGAAAUUUAUAUCGGUAAGCGUAUGUCUAGACGCCUGGCCGCCGAUGGGGACACGUGAGAGAUGCGUCGACGUGGAGACAGAUGGAGAGGCCGUCGCGGAUGCGCUCUUCUAGGCAGCAGCGCAUGGAAAAAUUUCGUCUGUGCUUGUCAUUGCUUGUACUAGUGCCUGCUUCGAGCGCCCGGCCUGGUCUGACUCUGAUCAACCU